GUUAAACCCCAUUCCAAACUCCGUCCUCGGGCCCAUAUGUUUUUGCCCGCUUACUGCGUUACGACACCAUGGAACGAGUUGUUGACCCCAACCCGACACACACGAGAGACGAUAAUAGCGUCAAGGGUCAUUUAUUUGAACAACCCAUUCCAGUGUCAUCAUCAUGAGUGGUGACCUAUUUUCCCGCUUGUCUUGUUUCGCCGAAAAUCGCAUUUGAUUUGCACUUGACUUGUUGGACUGUCACCCACCGCUCUUCUUUUUUUUCCUCUCUUCGUGUCCUGUUGAUUGUUGUCGUUGUUAGUUGUCUUGUUUGUUCGUCUCUCUUUUGGCUUCGUGCCGGUUGGUCCUGGUCGUACGUCUCUAUUUACUGGUGGAAGUUUAUCCGUACCAAAAUGUUCAAUACACAUCCCCGGGAGAUGUACGGGCGCAGUUUCCGCCGUGAGCCGCCCGUCAAUGACCUACACAACAUCACCGCCCCCGACCCAUUCUCACAAAAUACAAGCGCGGUACAGUCGCCUCGCGAUUCCGACGAGAGCCCUGCCCAGGCGCGAGAUGGCACGUGGGGCGAACGGGAUAUCGGCGGUCCGGUCAGUCGGGAAGAGGCCAUGGCCGACUACGAACACAUGAGGAGAGAGCUCACCCGACUGAGCUUGCAACGGACGAGGACGCGAGACUCGGCGGCCACAAAACCCAAGAGUAGGCUGGGCAGAGCGCGAACCGCUCCUUCAAUCGCCAGGACAGUAACCAGAUCUUCCAGGGCCGGUAGUUUUACAAGUGCCUCGAGUGCAGCAGACGACGAGGCUGCUGCGUCGGUAUCGGGCGAGGAGGAUGAUGACGACCUUGACCUGGGCACUUUCCUAAAAGACGGUCACUUCGAGAAGAGAACAGAGGCAGGAGAGUCGGCCAAGAAGGUGGGCGUCGUGUACGAACAUCUCACGGUGAAAGGCGUGGGGGCUCAAGCGACGUUCUCCAAAACACUACCGGAAGCCAUCGUGGGAACAUUCGGUCCCGACCUAUAUCGAAUAGUCACGAGAUUCUUUCCGGCCCUGAGAAUGGGCAAGCACCCUCCCACGCGAGAUUUGAUCCACGAUUUCACCGGUGUCGUUCGAGAUGGUGAGAUGAUGCUGGUUUUGGGCCGGCCGGGAUCGGGAUGCACCACCUUCCUCAAAGCCAUUGCGAACCAGCGCGAUAGCUUUGCCGGAGUCGAAGGCAAAGUCAGCUAUGGUGGUAUAUCAGCCGAGGAGCAGAGAAAACAUUAUCGAGGAGAAGUCAAUUACAACCCCGAGGAUGAUCAACAUAUGCCUUCCCUAACCGUCGGCCAGACGCUGAGGUUCGCCCUGAUGAACAAGACCAGACAACAUGAGGCGGGCACCAUCCCCGUCAUCAUCGACGCGUUGCUGAAGAUGUUUGGCAUUUCUCAUACAUACGGCACUCUGGUCGGAGAUGGGUAUAUCCGUGGUGUCUCUGGUGGGGAGAGGAAGCGAGUAGGUAUCGCAGAGACCCUGGCCACUAAGAGCUCCGUCGUCUGUUGGGACAAUAGCACACGAGGUCUGGAUGCGUCUACGGCUUUGGACUAUGCCAGAUCUCUGCGAGUCAUGACAGACAUUUCUAACCGGACCACGUUUGUCACCCUGUACCAAGCCGGUGAGGGAAUCUACGAGCUCAUGGACAAGGUGUUGGUCAUUGAGGAAGGCCGUACCAUCUACCAAGGUCCUGCCAAACUCGCCCGGCAAUAUUUUAUCGACCUCGGCUUCCAAGCUCCCGAUCGACAGACCACCGCAGAUUUUUUGACGUCCGUGGGAGAUCCGAAUGAACGACAGUUUCAGCCAGGGAAAGAAGCCUCCACGCCCAAGACGGCCGAAGAGCUUGAAGCCGCUUUCCGCAAAUCCGCAAUCUACCGGCAGACCAUUUCCGAAGUUGAUGAAUACGAAGCUCAACUGCAUCGGACAGACUGCGCAAACACCAAAAGAUUCCAAGAAGCCGUCGAGCAAUCGAAGAGUAAUAGCAAGCUCGUGUCUCCACGGUCAAGUUACACCGUCUCCUUCUGGCGCCAGGUAUUGGCCUGCACUCUUCGUGAGUUCUGGCUCUUCUGGGGUGACAAAACCUCGCUUUACACAAAAGCUUUUAUCAUCGUGGCUAAUGCUUUGAUCAUUGGUUCGCUCUUCUACGGCGAGAGUCUUGACACGGCUGGUGCGUUUCCUCGUGGCGGUGCAUUGUUCUUUUCGGUUCUCUUCCUUGGCUGGCUGCAGUUGACCGAGUUGAUGAGGGCCGUGAGUGGACGUGUUGUCGUUGCUCGACAUCGCGAUUAUGCCUUUUACCGACCGAGUGCUGUUGUAAUCGCCCGAGUUCUCCUGGACCUGCCUGUCAUCGCCGUUCAAGCCGUGGUGUUCACCAUCAUCCUAUACUUCAUGGCAAACUUGGACGUCGAAGCGGGCAAAUUCUUCAUCAACUUGCUCUUCGUCUACGUCAGCACAAUCUGCAUCACGGCCUUGUACCGGAUGUUCGCCUCCCUGAGUCCCAGCAUUGAUGACGCCGUCCGCUUCUCUGGCACGGCGCUCAAUCUUCUGCUCAUCUUUGUCGGCUAUACCAUACCGAUGCGAACCUUGACUUCCGAUGUCAUCUGGUUCGGAUGGUUGUACUAUGUCAAUCCGGUCGCGUAUGCGUAUGAAGCCGUCCUUACAAAUGAAUUUUCGGAUCGAACGAUGAAGUGUUCGCCGUCCAACUUGGUACCUCAGGGGCCCAAUGUGGAUCCUGCGUAUCAGGGAUGUUCGCUGACUGGGGCGACUGUCGGAAGCAACACGGUGAACGGUGCCGCAUAUGCCAAACAGUCAUUUGGAUACUCACGAUCACAUCUGUGGCGCAAUUUUGGUGUUCUGAUCGCCUUCACGGUGUUGUACGUCCUCGUCACGGCCUGGGCUUCGGAGACAUUUUCAUUUGCUCAAGAAGGAGGUGGUGCAUUGAUAUUCAAGAAGACUCGAAAAGCCAAGAAGAUGAUUACACAAGACAGUAAACCCACGGAUGAAGAAAAGGGUGCAACUCCUCAAGAUCCAGUGUCGAGUGGGUCGUCGGAAACGAUGCAGGACGAAAAGGAGCAAAUGGUCAACAAUAUCGCUCAGAGCAAGAGUGCUUUCACCUGGGAGAAUGUCGAAUAUGAAGUCCCAUAUCAGGGUGGGAAGAAGAAGUUGCUCAAUAAAGUCAAUGGCUACGUCAAACCAGGAUUGAUGAUUGCCCUGAUGGGUGCCAGUGGUGCUGGAAAGACCACAUUACUCAAUACACUAUCUCAGCGCCAGACGACCGGGACCGUGUCUGGUGACAUGCUGGUUGACGGCCGACCGCUCGGCAUUGAAUUCCAAAGGGGAACUGGUUUCUGUGAACAGAUGGAUCUCCACGACGAGACUGCCACCAUUCGGGAGGCUCUCGAGUUUUCGGCCGUAUUGAGACAAGACCGGAAUAUCCCGAAACAAGAGAAGAUUGACUACGUCAACAAGAUCAUUGAUCUGCUGGAGUUGAACGACAUUCAAGAUGCCAUCAUUACAUCGUUGGGUGUGGAACAACGCAAACGGUUGACCAUCGGCGUCGAGUUGGCAGCCAAACCCGAGCUCCUUUUGUUCUUGGAUGAACCUACAAGUGGCCUUGAUUCUCAGUCAGCAUACUCGAUUGUCCGAUUUUUGAAGAAGUUGUCUCGCGCCGGUCAGGCCAUCAUAUGCACCAUCCAUCAACCUUCGUCCAUGCUGAUUCAACAAUUCGAUAUGGUUCUGGCACUCAAUCCAGGUGGAAAUCCUUUCUACUUUGGACCGAUUGGUGAGAACGGAUCGGCUGUCGUUGAUUACUUUGCCAAGCGCGGUACGCAGUGUCCUCCGAAUAAGAACGUGGCCGAGUUCAUCCUCGAGACAGCGGCCAAAGGGGGUAAGAGACGUGCAGACGGCAAGCGAGUCAAUUGGAACAAGGAGUGGCUUGAGUCUGAAGAGAAUGCUCAAAUGCUCAAAGAGAUUCAAAAAAUCAAGGAGGAGAGAUCGAGAGAGCCUGUCAAGGAGACGCACACCCAACGUGCUUUCGCCGCGCCCGUCACACUCCAAACCAUCGAGCUCACGAAGCGAACUUUCCGCAACUAUUGGCGUGAUCCUUCGUAUCUAUACGCAAAGCUCUUCGUCAGUGUCAUCAUUGGUGUUUUUAAUGGCUUUACGUUCUGGAAUCUAGAAAACUCGGUGGCGUCACUUCAAUCGCGUCUCUUCUCGCCUUUUUUGGUUUUGCUCAUCCCGCCUACGAUCGUCAAUGGUGUGGUACCAAAGUUCUACCAGAGCCGGUCGCUGUGGGAAGCUCGCGAAUACCCGUCUCGGAUCUACGGCUGGGUCGCGUUUUGUACGGCUCAGGUGGUUGCCGAAAUCCCCAUGGCCAUCAUCUCCUCGGUGGUUUACUGGCUGAUCUGGUACUACCCGACCAAUCUCCCACGUGACAGCAGCGCGGCGGGCUACGUCUUCUUGAUGACCAUGUUGUUUUAUCUGUUCAUGUCGAGUUGGGGCCAGUGGAUCUGUGCGUUUGCGCCAAGUUUCACCGUCAUUUCCAACGUCCUCCCCUUCUUCUUUGUGGUUGUGGGCAUCUUCAACGGCGUCGUCAGGCCGUACACUCAGUUGCCGGUGUUUUGGAAAUACUGGACGUACUACCUCGUCCCCUCGACCUACUGGAUCGGCGGCGUCCUGGCGGCGACGAUGAGAAACCUACCAAUUCGAUGCCGCGAGGGAGAAAGCACAUUGUUCAAUGCACCACCCGGUGAGACGUGUCAGAGUUACGCGGGUGCCUUUGUGCGGAACGUCGGGAUGGGGUACGUCGAGGCCACGGCCAACGGGACGUGCGCGUAUUGUCCGUACGCGAGUGGCGACGAGUAUUUGUCCACCAUCAACAUCCGACCGGACCAGAAGUGGAGAGACUUUGGCAUCUUUUUGGUCUUUGUCUUUACGAAUUGGUUGCUCGUCUACUUCUUCAUUUACACCGUCCGGGUGAGGAAAUGGGGGUUCGGGAUGGGUUAUUUGUUUGGUGGGAUGGAAAAGGUUGGUGGUUUGGUCGGCAGGUUGAUCGAGAGCGGGAAGAAGUAAACAGCGAGUGAAUGAGGAAGUGGUUUGGGAAACAACGAGUCCGAAAGGUAUAGUUGUGAAGAGAUCAGUGGUCUGCGACAGCAAGUGAAUAUGGAUGUGGAAUUAGAAUGAUGAUCAUGACGAAUGAGAUGAUAUGGAGUGUAUAAGAGCUAGCUACAUUACAUGGCCAGCUUGUUUAUCAGCAGACAGAUUUGAAAGAACAAGGCGAGGAGUUUUGGGAAGGUGUAGGACACCAAAAAAGAAUAAAAUGAGAGCGCACAAAAUUACUCCAACGACACAAGUAGUCUUGGACAUGAA